GAUGAUUUUGUUGGAAUGGUUUCAGGAAUUAAACUUGUAAUCGAAAAAAUUUUAGUUUGUUUUUAAAAAAUAUUUUUUUUCCAAAAUUUAUUGCACCAAAAGUAAUCUUGUAGUACUUUUUUCAGUAAAUUACAAAAAAUAAUGAAAUACGAUUCUUACUGUCAAAAGUAUGGAUGAUUUUUAAAACAUGAAAAGUUUAUACAAGUAAUUACAUGAAAUAAAGAAAAAUGGAAAUAUUGGAAACAAUUUUAUGUUUAUUUCUUCUUUGGUUUCCUGGAUCAUCGGUAUAUGCAGCAACAAGUUUCUACUCUAUUCAACCAAACUGUGGAAGCUAUGCAGGGGGUACUACAAUCAAACUUUACGGCAAAGAAUUUCCUGAUCAAUCCAACAACACAAUUAUUGUGAAGAUGACAAACACAGUUUCAUUUAUUGUAAACUAUUGUGAUGUAGUUGUAACAGCAUCAAGUCGAGAAAUUUUAUCUUGUGAAACCAGAAAACUUCUUGAUGGUGAAGUUACAUUUGAUUAUAAAAUUGGAGUUGUUAUUAAUGGUGUUGAGGUCCCAUCAAAUGUUUACUUUUAUCGUCGUGAUGCAUGCUCACCAAAGUUGAAAAAAGUUACACCUUCUGCUGGUUUACCUGGUGAUAUAAUUAGACUUGAAGGACUAAUAUUCUCAACACAAAUUAGCAGAUUGUCAGCGAAUUUUGAUCCAAACAACAAUGAGAUUUCUAAAAUGUUUGUUGGAAAUGACAUUUGUGAGCCUUUUGAUCCUGAAACUAAUGAGUUAAUUGGAGUUAUUGAUACGAGCCCAUUUUAUUGGUGGUAUGAUGGCUGGGCAAUGUGUGCAACAAAAAUCAAAAGUGUUGGUUCUUGGACAGCCUCUUUUAUUGUAAGCAAUGCAGCUGGACGUUCAACACGAGAAAAGUCUUCAAAAAUGGUUGAUCAAAAUGAUAAAGUUUAUAACUAUCAAACAUUUGCAGAAAUUGAAAGUAUAUCACCAAGAAAUGGGAGUGUAGAAGGAGGAACAAUUAUUACAAUCACAGGAAAAUAUUUUGGAAACAAUCGAAAUAAUGUAAAAGUUAAAGUUCAUGGAGUUGAUUGUGCAGUUAUUUUGGUCAAAGAAACUCAAAUAAAGUGUAUAACAGGACCACUCAAUGACACUUACCAAACUGGUGAUGUUUUUCCAGGUGGUCGUGGCCAUGAUAUAGAGAUAUGGCCUAAAGCAAAUAAUUACAUAAUGGAUGUUAAAAACAAGUUUAACGAUUCAUUUCCAGUUCCUGUUGUUAGAAAUACAUCAUACGCAGAACUACAGAUUUAUAGCAGAAAGCAGUUUUUACCAUCACGAUAUUCUGCUAUUAGUGCAAGAGUUACUGGAUUUUUGCGACCUCCACAAGAUGGCUUUUAUCAUAUUAUGAUAAAUGCUGAUGAUGGAAGUAUGUUAGAGAUCAGCGACUCUCCUUCAAAUAUGUCAUCUACAAAAAUGGUUAAAGUUUGUGGAAGCACUUAUUGGACUCAGACAAGUUACUUUACAUAUGCAGAACAAAAAUCCAGACAAAUGUACAUGAGACGAGAUCGGGAAUAUUUUUUCAAAGCUUACUUAGCAGAUGGUGGUGGGGAAUAUCAGUUGGAGGUUGGGUUACUAGGUUAUAAAACCAAUCUGAGUAAUGCUGAUCUAGAUAAAGUUUUCAAUGAAGUUCAAAAUUUAACAAUAUAUUCUGUUAACCAACCUGAAAUACAGAUAAUUGAUGUUAGCAGCUUGAAUGCAAACAGUUAUAUUUCAUUAAGAUUUGGUAGUCACAGCACACGUCCAUUAUUAGUAAAUAGUUCUGUCGCAGAUAUUGAAAAUGUAAUAAAAUCUGAUAUCUUUUCAGAAAAUUGUGCAUUUUCUGUAACUUAUGGUGCAAAAGUGUUUUACACUGAAGAUUAUGAAUUUGAUUUGAGACCUGGAGGCAAAGAAUAUGGCAUUCGAAUUGAAAAUCAGCGUCCUUUUUGUGGUCGGCGUAUGCUUCAACUUUCUAGUGAUUUAAUAAUAUUUUAUGCUGACCAAACUAUUGCUAAUGACGCAACUAAAAUGUCAUCAAUUAAUGUAUUAAUAUAUCAAUAUCUCUGUUUUUUGAUUCGUGGUUCGUAUGCAACAACUCUCAAUUUACAGUUUUCUUAUCAAGUAACUGAUAGUUCAACAGCUGUUAUGAAAAAAAACUACCCAUUUUCUGAAACAACUAGUGGAGAAGUUUGCAUGGAUAUGAAAUCACUUAUUACAUCUGAAAGUUGGUAUAAAAGAUCCACACCUGUAAAUGUUAUAUCUAUACAACUUGUUCGAGACCCUUUAAAAGAUGCUUUAACUCCAAUUUAUGUAGAUGAAAUUUGGAUAGCAGACACAAAGAGAACAGUUGAAAAAAUUGUUAGUGCACCUGAGGUAUGGAUUGAUACGUUAAUGGUUAAUAGCAGUUUUUCAGAAGCUAAUGUUAAGAAAUGGAAUGUUUCUAUGUUCACAAAUGCUUGUCGGAAUAAUUCUUAUAUUUUUCAAGCAACUAGUAAUGGAAAAUCAAUUCCGACAUUUAAAUAUCAAAGUUCUACUCCUCCGCUUUUUGGAACAUUUAAAAUUUCACACAAAUUAGAUGAUGGAACAGCUAUUUUAACUAAUGACAUCCCUCUUAACGUGGAUGCGAUUACUUUAAAAAAAAUACUUGAAGACUUAAUACCUAACACAGUGUUUUUAAUUAGAAGUAAUAACAAUUGUUCUUUUUAUCAAUGGAGAGUAGAAUGGUUUUCUGGAGGAGGAGACAGAGAGCUAUUACAGUUAAUUGCUGACAAUAUUCAAGGUCAAGAUGUUUUAAACAAUACCAUAGUUAUUCAAAAUGGUGGAAUUCUAUUUGGACCAUUACCAGGAGAAUUUCUUCAGCUUGUAGAACCAAAUCCUCAGGUGGUUGUUUCAGUUAAUGGAAUAGUGUCAAAAUGCAAGACUCGUGGAAUGUGUGGAUUCACGUAUUCAACCUUGUUAACACCAAAAUGUUCAACAAUUACACCUUCAUCUGGUAAAAGUGGAAUCAGUGUUACUAUAAGUUGUGAAGGUUGUCAAAAUAGUGCAAAAGUUGAUAUUGGUGGAGUAGAAUGUAUUGUAACGAGUCAAACUGCAAAAAGUAUUAUCUGUACUGUUGGUGAACUUCAAGCAGGAAUGCAAAAAGUUAUGGUUUUUGUAAAUGGUGUUGGAAAAUGUCAGAAUCCUAAUAAUUUUAACUUAAUGUUUGAAUAUCAAUUUUCUGUUGAGAAAGUUUCACCAACCCAAGGUGCAACUACAGGUGGUUUACCAAUCACCAUAACUGGUUCUGGUUUUGGAAAUAGUCUUGGUAAUGUAACUGUAACCAUAGGAGGCUAUAAAUGCUUAGUUACAAGUGUGUCAAUGCAUACAAUAGUUUGCAUAACUGAGAGUGGUACUGAUGGCUCUUUUGAUCUGAAUAUUGUUAUUAAUGAAAAACAGAUUAAAGGAGGAACCUUUACUUACAAUCAGUUAUUAAAUCCAGUAAUCAAAAGUGUUUCACCUUCAAGUAUUCAUAUUUAUGACAAAGUCAUUGAAGUGAGCGGAUCAGGCUUUAAAUCUACUAAUGGAGAAAGUACUUUGGUCACCAUCAACAAUCAAAGUUGUCAAAUAACAUCAUUAGAAUCAACACUCAUAAAAUGUAAUCUUCCUUCGUUGAACUCACUUAAUGCUUUACUGGUAGUCUUUGUCCCUGGUGCCGGGUCAGUUUCGUUUUCACUUUCAGUUGACUUGAAAUUUGCUAGUUUUUCGCCUAAUACAGGCUCACUUUUUGGAGGAACAAAGAUUACAUUGAAUGGAAGAGGUUUUGGUGAAAAUGUUUCUGAUGUUAAUGUUUCAUUUAGUGAAAAAAAAUGUAAUGUACUUAGUUGCACUGACAACAAAAUUGUUUGUUUAACAUCAAGUUGGGGAAACAAAUUUUAUGUUGACAAUUCUGGUAGAGGAGCUUAUGGUCCUGGGUCAGCCUGGAGUAAAAAUAUAAUAUACAUUACUGAAGGAGACUCAGUUGUGUACACAUGGCAAUCAAACCCUGACUCAAAUUAUUUUAUCUCAAUCUUAAGAUAUCCUAUUGACAAACCAGAAAAAACAGAGCUUCUAUGUCGUGCUGCAUCUUCUGGUAGUUGCACUGUAACUUAUUCUACUAAUGGAACAUUUAUUUACACAAGUGGAAAGUUUAUUAAAAAUAGAAACGAUGAAUUUAAAGGAAUUGUUGUUGUGUCGCAAUUGUCACAGAUCCAAAGUGAAAUACAGUUAUCAAUCAAAGAUAUUAUUGUACAAAUGUCUGCUGGACGAAAACGAAGAAUGGUUUUUUCAAGUUUUAUUUUUUCUGUACCAUCAACUCCAUAUGUUACUGCUAUUUCUUAUAGUUCAUGCUCAAGUAUUAAAAUUAAUGGAAACGGUUUUAGUAAUACUUUAGAGGAUAACAUAGUAACAUUUGGAGGUUUUUUAUGUGUUGUAACAUCUGCAAAUGAUCUGGAAAUUAUUUGCGACAUAAAUAAAAGCUCUUCUCGACCUACAGCUACAUUUUUACCUAUUGAGUUAUCUGUUCAAGGGUUUGGUUAUGCAAAUAUUGGAAUAACACAGGUAGCAGACCAAUCAGUCAUUUGUUUUCCAGAAACCCAAACUAUAAGCCCAAAGUAUGGCUCAAUCGCUGGUGGCACAACAGUUAAUAUCAUUGGUUUUAAUUUGAACUUACCUACCACAAAUGUUUAUAUUAAUUUCAAUAAGUUAUUAAUUUGUAGAAAGGUGUCUCAGUCCUUCUACAACUUAUUAUGUGUCAUGCCUCCAUUGCCAUCAAUAUCAUCUCAGCAAUCAAGUGCUAUAAUUUCUGUUUGUGAUGAUUCUGAGUCACAAGAUAAUUGUUUUAAUAAACCUUUUCUUAACUUUGAUUAUCAAAUGAGUAGUACUCCAGAGAUUAUAUCUAUAACACCUACUACUAUCCAAACUUCUAGAUCAUCAAUUCAAAUUUCAGGUAAAAAGUUUGGUGAUGUAUCAAAUGUACUUGUUCAGAUCGGCCCUUCAAACUGUAAUAUUAUUAGUUUAACUACUCAAAAUGAUACACAAACAAUAACAUGUGUUGUCAGUUUACCAGCAGGUGUUUAUAGUGUAAAUGUUUUUAAUUCAGAUUAUGGAAAUUCAUUAAACGCAGCUAAUUUUAUGGUUACUAGUUUAGCUGUGUUGAAUAGUAUUAUGCCAACUAGUGGCAGCAUAUAUGGAAAAACAACUGUUGUAAUUAAAGGAAAUGGUUUUUGCACAAAUAUGCAGGUGAAGUUUGACACUCUUGAUGCAACUGUUCAAAAAAAUACAAUUGAUGAAGUUGUUGUUUCAACUCCUCCACGCAUUGCUUCAACUGUAGCAGUCUCAUUGCAAUGCAGUGGUAAAAGACUUGCGUUUGGAUCAUUUACAUAUGCUUCCUCAUCGACUCCCUCAAUAACAAAUAUUGUACCUAAUUCUGGAAAUGGAGGAGAUGAAGUUACUAUAAAUAUUAAAGCAGCAUCAUUUGAUAGUUUAACAGUUUUAGUAUCAGGAAAUAGUGCAAACAUUACAAAUAUUACAAAUAUUAAUGUAACAGCUGGAUCUGCAUCUGUAAAAUUUAUUUUGCCAAUAAAUGCUGCAGGCCCAGUGUCUGUUGCAUUCAUAGUUCCUUUACUUGGAUUGUCUAAUCAAGUUCAGUUUACAUACAAUUUAACAGUUUUGAGUGUAAGUCUUUUAGAAAGUGGUUAUGGAGGUGGUCAUUAUGUUGAUAUUUCUGGUAAUGGGUUUAGCAAUGCAACUAGCGUGUAUAUAUGCAGCAAUCAAUGUACUCAAACUAAUGUUAUUUCAACCCAGAUGUUAAACUGCAGAAUACCUCCAUAUACACCCUCAAGUUCCCCAACAACAGAGUGUAGCAUUAUGGUAAGUGUUCAAGGUUUUAACUUUACAUUUGGUCAAAAGUAUGUCUAUAAAGCAUCACUUACAUCUUCAUUAACUAGUAUUUUACCAAUUCGAGGAGGAACUGGUGGUGGAGUAAACUUGACUAUUUCAGGAACUAACUUUGAUCUAAGUUCCCUGGUAAAGAUUGCUGGUGUCGUUUGUCAAAUAAACUCUAUAUCAAGCUCUCAAAUUAUUUGUCGCUCUGGUCCAUCUAAUAAAACAGUACAAAAUUCAGCAGUUGAAGUUUUUAGCAAUAAAAAUGGUUUAAGUUUAUUUGGUAGUGUCUCUUUUUCAUAUAUUGAUGUUUGGAGUUCAAAAUUUACAUGGGGAGGAAAUGAUCCUCCUGUUGAAGGUGACUACGUUAUUAUUCAAAAAGGUCAAACUAUGUUGCUUGACGUAAGUACUCCAGUACUAAAAGUAUUGCUAAUUAAGGGUGGCACUUUAAUUUUUGAUGAAAAAGACAUAGAACUGCAUGCUGAAAAUAUUUUAAUAGUUGAAGGUGGCGUAUUUUUAGUUGGUUCUGAAGACCAACCAUUUCAACAUAAAGCUAUAAUUGAACUUCAUGGUCAUGUUAGAUCUAUAGAGCUACCUGUUUAUGGUGCAAAAUCAUUAAGUUUGCGUCAAGGUUACCUUGGUUUGUAUGGAAAACACAUUAUGAAUACAUGGAGUCGAAUUGCAAAAACUGUGAAUCCUAAUGAUGUUGAAAUGGAACUUAUUUUUGAAGUACCUGAUUGGAAAGUAGGAGAUGUUAUUGUUAUUGCUGCUACAGGAAGAAGCAUUAGAGAGAAUGAAGUACUUACAAUAACAAAAGUUAAUGGUAAAUUUGUAUCUUUUGACCCUCCUUUGAAAUAUAUGCAUAUUUCAGUCACACAGUUCAUUGAAGGAAGGUAUAUAGAAACUCGCGCUGAAGUUGGCUUACUAUCCCGAAAUGUCAUUGUUCGUGGUUCAGAAAAUGAACAAUGGAAUGAUGUAAUUGUAAAUUGUCCAAAUGAUUUUGACCCAGGACAGUUUGCAACACAAACUUGUUUUGAUGGCCGAUAUGGCGAAGAGCGUGGCAGUGAUCAGUUUGGAGUACAAAUUAUGGUACAUUCAAAUAAAAUGAGUGAAGGAACAGCUGUUGCCCAUUUUCAUUAUAUUGAAGUUACAAAUGCAGGUCAAGCUUUUCGUUUAGGUCGUUAUCCAAUUCAUUUCCAUAUGGAAGGAGAUGUGAGUGGUUCAUAUGUAAAAGGCUGUGCUAUCCAUCGAAGUUUUAACCGAGCAGUAACAAUGCAUCAUGUUAAUAACUUAGUUGUGGAGAGAAAUGUUAUCUAUGAUAUUCUAGGUAAUGCAUACUUUAUGGAAGAUGGAAUUGAAGUAGGAAAUGUUAUCCGAUACAAUCUUGCUAUAUUUGUGAAACCAUCAAGCUCAACAUUAAAUGUUGAUGUUACCCCAGCUGCAUACUGGGUAACUAAUGCUAACAAUACAGUUUCUCACAAUGCAGCAGCAGGAGGAAGUCAUUUAGGAUUUUGGUAUCAAAUGUUUGAACAUCCAGAUGGUCCUUCUUAUACAGAAACAGUUUGCCCAAGAAAAGUUCCACUUCGUGAGUUUAAAAACAAUAGUGCUCACACAAUGGGUCGUUUUGGUUUGUGGAUUUUUCCUAUUUAUCAUCCAAGCAAAACUGGUGGUUGCAAUGAUGAGAGUCAUGAACCUGCAAAUUUUUAUGACUUUCUCACAUGGAAUAAUCAAAAAGGAGCUGAAUGUGUAGAAUGUGGAGCAAUUCGAUUUCAAAACUUUGUUAUUCUUGAUAAUGAUGAAGCGGGAAUUGAAUGGGCUGAUGCAUCUUCCAGAAAUCCGCCUUGGGGUUUUCCCAUGAUAAAUAAUUCGUUAAUUGUUGGUCAUUCAGAAUUAUCAGCAAAACGAGAAGUUCAAGAUCCAUCCAUUCAACCUCUGUGUACAUUAAGUGGCAUAAAACUUCCGUUUUCUCAUCGACUUACUGUAAAUAAUGUUAAGUUUGUUAAUUUUGAUAGAAACUGUGUUGCACUAGGAACAUGUGCUCACUGCAAGCCUAUGGAUGGCGGAGCUAUUGUUCGUGUUAAUUCUCUUUCAUUUAAUAAUGUAAAAAAUAAAGUGUCUUUCCCUUUUGUAUCAGCAACUUGGCUGAGUGAUAUCGAUGGAACUUUGUCAGGGUAUGCAGGUGGAGGAGUUAUUCCUUACACAAAUAUUUUAGAUUCAAGUCGAUGUAUUCUGGAUGAUUCUAUGUCUUUUGAUGGUGUUCCUGGAGCAAUUUGUUCUAGUGGAAAGUUUGUUCGUGUAGCUUUUAAUCAAGUGUUUCCAAGUUCUAUAAAUGAAAAGAGUGCUCUUUUUACUAGACAAAUAAAUUAUCAAACAAGAAAAAAGCGUUCUGUUGUUUCUGAUAAUAUAGGUGUUGUUCAAUGGCGUAAAAAAUCUAAAACUCAUCCUGAAGGUUACACAGUCUUGUUGGAAGUUGGUGAAAAGUAUUUGCUUUCAUUUGUUAAUUCAACUCAGUUUGUUAAUAUAUCUUACAGCAUGGAUAUCUAUGAACUUCAACCAAAUAACUUUCUUUAUCUUUCUCAUAACUUUAUGCAAGAACCAGAUUACUUUUUAACAACAAAUGUACCAACUAACAACACAAAAAAGUUUCCAGUUGCUGCUAAUUAUAAACACGGAAAUUGGUUUUAUGAUAACAGCUCUAAAAGUGUUACAUAUCUAAUUGAGAACGAUGCUACUGUUGACCCUAAUAAUCCCCCAAGCCAGCAUAUUGAUUUACAAGUUUACAGAUGUUACUUUGAUAAAUGCAUUGUCCCAACACUUCCACCUGUAAUAAAGGGUGCUUUUGGAGCACCAACAAAUUGGAGUGAUAUUCAAACUUGGAAAAAUAUUACAAAAGAGUAUGGAGGUUACAACAACACUUUGCCAAAAGAUAAUGAUACAGUUAUGAUACGCGCAGGUCAAUAUGUGAUUGUGGAUAAGAAUGCAUACAUACCUAUAAUGGUUCGUUUGUAUAUAUAUGGAACACUUGAGCUUGCUAUGAAUAGAAACCAUACAAUUCGUGCAAAUAUAAUAAUUAUUUCUGAUGAGGGACAAUUAAUAAUUGGUCGUCCAGAUCAACCAUUCCCAUCAACUUUGUUUGUUUUAAUAAGUUUAUGGGGUGAUCAAUCCACACAAGAUCUUCCAUUACCUAAUGGACCUAACCUUGGUUCUAAAGCUUUAGGAGUUUUUGGUAAUUUAUCAAUGUUUGGAAAUCCUCAUAAAGUGCACUGGACACGUUUAAAUGAAACAAUGCAAAAAAAUGCUCAGUUUUUGAGUGUUAUUGAUAAAACAGAUUGGGUUGUUGGAGAUGUAAUUGUAGUGACAACAUCUACAUUUGAACCUCGACAAGCAGAAAAGUUUACUAUUGUUGCAGUUUUUAAUGAUGGAAGAAGAUUCAAAGUUGAUACACCAUCUCAGUAUUCUCAUACUGCUUCUUUGCAUUCUAUUAAUGGUAGAAAUUUUAGCAUGAGUGCUAAAGUUGGAUUAUUAUCUCGAAAUAUCAUAAUUGAAGGUGCAAAUGAACCAAAAGGAUCAGUAACAAAUGAUGGUUUUGGAUGUCGAGUUUUGGUUGGGAAGUAUACACAAGAUGGCAUAACAUCAGUUGGUAAAGCAAGAAUAUCUGAAGUUGAGUUUAAAAGCUGUGGUCAACUUGGUUAUACAAACAGUUAUGACCCAAGAUAUGCUUUAGCAUUUUUAAAUAUUGACGAUGUAACAGAUGAAAAUCCAUCGUUUGUUAAAGGAUCAUCAUUUCAUGAUGGUUAUAAUAUGGGAAUUGGUGUGUAUGGGACAAACAAUUUGGUUAUAUCAGACAAUGUCAUUCACCAUACUGUGGGACCUGGAAUUGAUCUUGAAGGAAGUACCAACAGCAUCAUUGAAAAUCUUGUCACAUUAUCUCUUGCUGAAGGAACUUUUAUGACUAGUGCAUACCAGUUUGAUAUGAAAUGGCCCGGGGCAAUCCAGGUGCAUAAUGCAGAAAACUACACUAUGUAUGGAAAUAGUAUAGCUGGAAGUGAAAAGAAUGGUUUAAUUACUCGUGGUGUAGAUUGCAAUGAUAAUGAUGCAAUAAAACGUAUUUACAAUAAUGAGAUUCAUUCUACUCUUCAUGGCAUACAUUUUCGUGAUACCACAACAUUUUGCUGGAAGGUUGAAGACUUUUUAAUAUGGAAAAAUUUGGACUAUGGAAUUUAUACAUGGCCUAACUGGCCUAUUGUUGUUAAAAAUUGUAUUAUUGCUGAUAAUAAAAUUGGUUUGAGUUUAAAUGUAUUUAAUCCUGAUCCUGUUGCACAUUUGUCAGCAAACAAUUUUGCAAAAGUUCAAGAUACUUUAUUAGUUGGGCGAACAACUAAUUUUGGUUGUAAUGAAGAUGAUGUUAUUCCAUACCAUUCAACAUUUUAUCCAUCAAGAAGAUCACCUCGUCUUCCAGGAGGUGGCAAUUUAGGAAUAUAUUGCUCAACUUUCUCUAAAUCUCAAUCACCUGGUCCUCCCAAACCAUUUGAAAAUCCUAUGUCAUACCCUGCAAUUAAAGGACUGCUGCGUAUGGAAGGUGUUACUUUUAGUUCGUUUCAGUCAACUUGUGGUUUAACUAAACCUGAUGUUGUGUGGACGACUAACAUUAUUUAUGGUGAUAUUAUUCAUCCUACAGAAUUGAAAAACUCAACUUUAGUUAAUGUUAAUAUCAACAAUCUGAUUUACCAUAAUGUACCAACUACAAGGUUUAUCAAUCCAUCAGAUUGUGUAGACAUGGAUUGUGAUGCUCUUCGUAAAGCACUUGUGACAGAUCUUGAUGGUUCUUUUUUUGGUAGCUCUUGGGCUUCUAUGAUUUCAAGAUCAGAGUAUCAAUGGGAUGGCAAUAGAGAAUUUGGUUUAGGUGAUUAUCGCAUUCCAAAAACACUUCUCACAAACCCAAGAGAUGGAUCUCGAUUAGAUGCAAAUAAGCUGUUUCCUAACAAAGGAAUUUAUCGCAAUCAAUGUGUAUUUAAAAAUGAAUGGGAAGCUUACUUUUGUGUUAAUACUGUUUAUAAAAUGUUGAUUAUUGAAAGUUUAGAUGCUGAUACUGAAACUCGAAGACUUUCUCCAGUUGCUCUUGCUACAGAAGGUUUUAUUGAUUUAAUUAAUGGGCCACAAGAUCAUGGUUGGUGUCAUGGUUAUACAUGCCAAAAAAGAUUAUCCACAUUUAAUGCAAUUGUUGCUAUCUCUAAAGAAUAUGAACUACAUUUUACUUCUUUCAAUCCUUUAUCAACUAGGUUACAGUUGUUGAAUAGCUUGUCAGCAGAUUCAAUACUUAUAAAAGUAUAUUAUGCCAGAAGACAGAGACUUGAUGUUUAUGCAAAUGGUAUUCUUGUUUAUCCUAACAACUAUCAAAAUUCAAAUUACAUGCCAAAGGAUCGCUCUAAUCCAUUGCAGUAUGUUCCAAGCAUUACUGAUAAUCAUGGAAGUAAUUGGUAUGAUACUGAUACUCAGCUUUUAUGGGUUGUAUUGAGAGGAAGUGGUUAUGUUGAUAUUAAUAUGGCACAAACUAUUCAAUUAAGUAUGGGAAUGACGCCUUUGCGUGAUGUCAGUUUAGAUGAUUUUUUUACAAUAAAUCUUGUUCAAAACUUGGCUGACUUGUUGGGAAUAAGUACAUCUAAAAUUAGAAUCAUGAGCAUAGUUGCAGCAUCUAAGCGAAAACGUAGAGGAACUGCAACACCUAUUAAUGUUCAGUUUGAGAUUGGCAAUCCACCAGAUUCAACUAAUUAUACUUCAGCCAACGAUACAGCUGCAGCAUAUAAAGAGGUCACUAAAAUCGCUGCAGUUAUAGUAGAAAGCUUUCAAACUGGACAGCUUGCUAAAUCUCUUUCUGUUGAACUAAAUGUUAUUAAUGUUGUUCAUCCACAACCACUACCGGUGGCACCUCCAAGAAUAUCAAUUAACGUAACUGAUAAUACAACAGCACCACCGCCAACAGACAUAAAUAAUGAAAUUAGUGUUGAUUACUUAAUUCCUAAAACACUUGUUAUGGUAAAUAAUCCUAGCUCUGAAAGUAUUGAGACAGUCCCGUUUAAAAUCCAACCACAAUUUCAACUAAAUGACUAUGCAAACAAAUGGGUUAAAAAUGUUGGUUCACAGCUUUUACCAUGGCAAAUAACAGCUAGUUUAGUUGAUGGUUUUGGCAAUCCUAACGCGCAAUUAACCGGAACUACCACAGUUUCCUUUUCUAAUGGAACAGCUGUUUUUACUGAUCUUGCAAUAACUCAUAGUGCUUCUGUUUAUCGUAUUUUAUAUAAGGUAACUUAUCCUGCUGCCCAAUCAUUUUCAUUAGUUUUUACUAUUUUAGUACUUCCUCUUAGCCAAUCUUCACUCUACUUAUUACAUAACAACGAAAUUGAAGUGUUUUCUGAUGACACUGUAAAACCAAUUGAAAAUGUUGUCAUAACAACCAUUAAUGCUACAAAUGAUGGAACUUCAGAAAUCGUUUAUUUUAUAUCAAACGGUGAUGAUAGCCAUAUGUUUAGCAUAAAUAACAAUGGUAAAAUUAGUUUAAAUAAAAGUCCUACACUUGGGUUUUAUUAUUUGACUAUACUUGUUCAAGAUCAAAAACAAAGAAACACAACAUGCUCUGUAUUUAUUUUUUUUAAAUCUAUUCAUGUUGCAUAUAGUAUUACUGCUGGCAGUAAGACUAACAAUUUGAAAGAGUUUCACGACAAUACAGUUGUUCCAUUUUACAUUAUGGUUGGAUGGGAAUCUAUACUGGCUUUUGAUGUGGAAAUCAGUUUUCAACCCUCAACUUCAAUGGAUUUAGUGAAAAGUGGCUACAGCUACAUUAAUCCAUCUAGCCUUAAAAAGCGGUUCAUUGGUUUAGUUAGUUUUUCAGAAAGAAAACGAGGUUUUGUUAAGUUAGCAGAGAUGAUUUUAACUAUUCCAGAAGGGAAAAAACAGUUAAACUUUACAUAUACUAUUAAUAAAAUUGUCGAUCAAUCUCUAAGCCAGAUGAAAAUCAUACCAGGUUGUCAAGAAAACGUUUUGUUUGAUAUACACAAAGAUUGUUUAUUUGACAUACUUGAUGUAGCUCGUUUGUACUUUUAUCAAAACGCACAUAGUUCUGUUAAUGUAGACUCAACCAAUUAUAAUAUGGAUACAGAUCUUAAUGGAGUGGUUGAUGCUGAAGAUGUUAUGAAUAUCUAUGACAUCUAUAUUGGAAACAAUUAUGCAUUUUCAGAAUUAAAAGUUGUUCAACCUUCUCAAUCUUCAGGAUGUCAAUUUUUAAUAACAGCUGAAUCAAUAUAUCUUGGUGUAUCACCGUGGAUAAAUCCCAACUCAGAUAUGUUUGUUGUAAUAACAUAUCCUAAUAGUAUAGUUCAUGAUCAAUUAAUGAAGUCAAGUCUUCAAAACAACAUAAGUUACUUUAUGUUUCAUGGUGAUAGCAAUAUUAAGUAUGGCGAUAUAAUUAGAGUAGGAAAAGAAGGAAAUACGUAUUCUUUGAAUAUUUCUGAUUGGCCAGUUAGUGCUAAAAAUGUUGGAAUAUCAUUUUACUUGAGUCCUCAAAAAUCUGUUUUCUUCCAAAACAAAGGCAAAGUUUUAUACUCUCCAAGAAGAAUGAUGAGUACAUUUAAAAAAAGCUUUGAUAAUCGUAGUGAAAUUGUAAAUGUCGAUGAAAGUGUCGAAUCUGGUUCAUUUCUAAGUUCUUUUAGUCCUCAGUUGAUUUUGCCAUCUGUUGAAACAACUAGUAGGUGCAAAAAUCAUGCAGUUACUUCAAAUAUUCAAAUGAUGUUCGAAUAUGACUAUGAUAAAUAUGUCCAAACAAAUAAAAGUUUGUUUGAAAGUCAGUUUAAAACAUUUUAUGAAAAUUAUGAAUACAAUAAUAAUAGGAUUGUCACGGUUACAAGGAUAAGCACAACAAAAGGAAGUAUAUAUGUUAAUAUGGAUAUUUUGAUGGACAACGUAGACCAAAAGACUCUUGUUGAUAAUCUCUUAUCAGAUUUAAGAAAUGGUAAAUUUGUGUUUUAUUAUAGUGGAGUUAGUUUGAAAGCCAGUGCCUAUUUAUCUGUCAAUGGAACUAUUAUGAAUCAAAAAAAAGAUGUAAGCUCUAACGCAUGGAAGAUUGUUGUUGCAAUUUUAUGUGUAGCAUUUUUUGUUGGAAUUAUUUGCGUGUUCCUUUAUGUACGAUACAAAUCAAGUCUAAAAAAGAAGAAUAUUGAAAAUGCUGAAGAAAAGUGUGAUGAGCAUAUUAUGCUAGACGAAAAAACAAACAGCGAUUACUUAAGCUCCAAAGCGCAAUCUUUAAAUGAUAUUGAUUGGCAGAACCAGGCCUUUUUUGUUACUUCGCAAACUUCUUUUUCUAAACCUGAAGUUGAUGAAUAUAAAACUACUAACUUAUCUUCUGAGACAGAAAAGAAAGUUAACCCAGUUAUUGAUACAGGUAGUUUAAUUAAUUUUGGCUAUGAUCAAACUGUUCUACCAAAAAAGGUUAUGGCCUCCUCUCUUUCCAUUGAUAAAAAGUUAGAAGAGAACAAGGAAAUGCGGGAAAUUACAAGUCGAUCACUGAAAAAUGUGAGAGAUAUUUUUACUAGUGAGGAAUGUUUACGAAACAAUGAAAAGCAGCGUGAAAAACAAAAUGAAACGUUUUCUGAGCCUCCUAAAAGAUUCGGUAUUCUUCCACCAUUGAUAAUGCCUGCAUUGACAUCUAACUCAGAUCGAAUAGAUAGCAAUUCUCAGGUGCAUCAUGCUAUUAAGGAAAAAGACGUUGCAUUGUAUGACUCUUCAACAAAUUUGCCAGGAGAGUUAACCAUCAACAAAGAAGGAAUUCGAUUAUUAGAAAUUCUACAAUUGACAAGUGGUGCUGAUUCUUCUUUCCAGUAUUUAGGCAUGGCACGUGCAGAUAUGAACAGUUCAUUAUCUGUUCUUCGACCAUUAGUUAAAAAGGCAAUUGGAAAUGACGCAGACUUUGUAUUUAUUUCAUCUCAUAAAAAGACAAUUCAUCCAACGACCGAACAAAAAGUUUUUGUUCGUGAUGCAUUUAAGAAGAAAAUUAAAGUUAAAAUCUUAAGCCACGAUGAAGUAACUGAGUUUUUUUGCAUUUGUGGCCAACCUGGUCUUUUCAAAUGCCCAAAGUGUAAAAGGCAGAGUUAUUGCAGUGACAUAUGCAAGCAAAGAGAUUUUUGGCUGCACAAAAAAUUUUGCUCGGGUAACGAUGAAUAACUUUCUCAAAUUUUGUGCGCAUAAUUUUAUUUUAAGUAUCAUAUUACACGCAACCACAAUUUUUUUUUUUACAUUUUGCAUGUUUUUAAUAGUUUUGUAAUUUUAAUUAAUUUUUUAUUUUCACUUUUAAUUCACUUGUUAUCUAAUUAUAAAAAUUGUAAACUUGCAUAGUAUUGUAAUUAUAUAUUAUAAAAGAUUUUUACUACAGUGUAUUAACAACUUAAAGCGCUAUUUAUGAUUUGUAAAUAUAUAUUUAAAUAAAACGAUUUUAUAAUUGGAAAAAAA